CGGAACCGAGAGCGCCCUGGGCGGGCCGCCGAGCGGCGCCCUUUUUUAAAGUUCCCUGUGCAGCCUGUUAGGAAGGCCCGACGCCACUGCCGCGUGGUGACUCUUAGAAACGAACGGGCUCUUGGUAGCCCCGACUCGCCUGCCACACAAGCUGUCUAGCCGAGGACGAUCUUGAACUUACCGCCGCCCUCCUGCUUCCGUCCCCCAGGAGCUGGGGUCGCGGGUGUUUGCACCACCACGCUCGGUGUUCUUGUGGUGCUGGGGCUCGAACCCGGGACUCCACGAGUGUUAGGCAAGCACUACCAACCGAGUGACAUUCCCAGCCGGGUUUGCUGAGUCUCAGAUGAAGCACGAGACAGUUCUGAGUUCUAGGCUCGAGUGCUUGUUGGACCCUGCUUAAAACUUCCCCAUCUUGCUCACCCUUUGUCGUGGCUCGCCAAGCCAUCCAGCUCCUUGCUCUCUCAGAUUUCUUCUUCUGCCCGAGCUCUCACUGCGGGCCAGCCUCCCAGCUUAUGUUUUCAGCUGCUUCAGUGCCCAGGCUGGUUCUCACCUCCAGGCAUUGGCACCUGCGGCUCCUGUUCAGUCUUCACUUUAGAACUGCCUCCAGGUUCAGUGAGCUAUUUUCCCCAUCUCAGAAGUACCAGCUUUUGGUGUAUCAUGCAGAUUCUCUCUUUCAUGAUAAGGAGUACCGGAAUGCUGUGAGUAAGUAUACCAUGGCUUUACAGCAGAAGAAAGCAUUGAGUAAAACUUCAAAAGUGCGACCUUCAACUGGAAAUUCUGCGUCUACUCCUCAGAGCCAGUGUCUUCCGUCUGAAAUUGAAGUAAAAUACAAAAUGGCUGAGUGUUACACAAUGCUGAAACUAGACAAAGAUGCCAUCGCUAUACUUGAUGGGAUCCCUUCAAGACAGAGAACGCCCAAAAUAAACAUGAUGCUGGCGAACCUGUACAAGAAGGCUGGUCAGGAACGCCCAUCAGUCACCAGCUAUAAGGAGGUCCUCCGGCAGUGCCCCUUGGCCCUUGACGCCAUUCUAGGUUUGUUAUCUCUUUCUGUAAAAGGUGCAGAGGUGGCAUCAAUGACGAUGAAUGUAAUCCAGACCGUGCCCAACCUGGACUGGCUGUCUGUGUGGAUUAAAGCCUAUGCUUUUGUGCACACUGGAGACAACUCAAGAGCAAUCAGCACCAUCUGUUCACUAGAGAAAAAAUCCUUACUGAGAGACAACGUGGACCUGCUGGGGAGCUUGGCAGACCUGUACUUCAGAGCGGGAGACAGUAAGAACUCCGUCCUCAAGUUUGAGCAGGCGCAGAUGUUGGAUCCCUAUCUGAUAAAAGGAAUGGAUGUUUACGGUUACCUCCUGGCACGAGAAGGGCGGCUGGAGGAUGUGGAAAACCUUGGCUGCCGCCUUUUCAACAUUUCUGAUCAGCAUGCAGAACCCUGGGUGGUCUCUGGGUGCCAUAGCUUCUAUAGCAAGCGCUACUCUCGGGCUCUGUACUUGGGCGCCAAGGCCAUUCAGCUGAACAGCAACAGCGUCCAAGCUUUGCUACUCAAAGGAGCGGCACUUAGGAACAUGGGCAGAGUCCAGGAAGCUAUAAUACAUUUCCGGGAGGCUAUAAGGCUUGCACCUUGUCGCUUAGACUGUUACGAAGGUCUCAUAGAAUGUUACUUAGCUUCUAACAGCAUUCGAGAAGCCAUGGUGAUGGCCAACAAUGUUUACAAAACUCUAGGUGCAAACGCACAGACUCUUACCCUGUUAGCCACCGUGUGUCUGGAAGACCCCGUGACACAGGAGAAAGCCAAAACUUUGUUAGAUAAAGCGCUGGCCCAGAGGCCAGACUAUGUCAAGGCCGUGGUGAAGAAAGCGGAGCUGCUCAGCAGGGAACAGAAAUAUGAAGACGGAAUUGCUCUGUUGAGGAAUGCCCUGGCCAAUCAGAGCGACUGUGUCCUGCAUCGGAUCCUGGGGGACUUCCUGGUGGCUGUGAAUGAGUACCAGGAAGCAAUGGACCAGUACAGUAUAGCACUCAGUUUGGACCCCAAUGACCAGAAGUCUUUAGAGGGCAUGCAGAAGAUGGAGAAGGAGGAGAGUCCCACGGACGCCACGCAGGAGGAAGAUGUGGACGACAUGGAGGGCAGUGGGGAAGAAGGGGACCUGGAGGGCAGUGACAGUGAGGCCGCCCAGUGGGCUGACCAAGAGCAGUGGUUUGGCAUGCAGUGAAGGCCCAGCAGCAGCCUCUGGUGAUUCCUAGACAGAAGGACAGAUGCUGUGGAAGGACGGAUGCCGUGCUCACAGCAGGAGUCCCUGCCUGUUUCCUUGUAGUCAGGACUUCAGCCUGAUGUCUGUCCUUCCUGCUUUGCUGAGGACUGAGAGGACCCAAGCUGCGGGCUCCCAGGCUCUGGGUGGUUCUGAUGUACCCAGCGGAGGACGCUUUUUUCUUUACAUGAAUGGGUUCACGAGACUAACCCAUCCUCCCAAGGGCACAUGUGCUGGGUGGCCCUGUCAGAGGUUCUGGGAGUCACAGUCCUGGCCCACCACACUCCCUGGUAGUGACGGUGACUGCUUCACUGGGGGCCCAGCAGGGCUUGGCCUCAGCGUGGGCAGGUCUGGAAGCAGCAUGAAGGGAGCAUGGCCAUACACAGGGCCAGGUCAACUAAUAAAACUGUUGAGUGAUGUCACAGUGGA